GCAAGAGCUCGAUGAGUUGACUGAGGUGUACAGACCGAGGAAAAAAAAAUAAAAUUCAAUUAACUAAAGAGGGGGUUAAAUAGUGAGUGAAGAAAAUAGUGUGAAAGAGAAAGAAAAGCCCUUUCUGAAAAAAAAACUCUUAUUUUCUCUAGCGACAGUCGAGAUCUUGUCAAAAGAAGAUUUAAAUAAAAGUGAAUAGUUUUUCGGUGCCAGUGACAGUCGAAAGUGGCCGGGGAAUUAUGAUUCACGUUAUUGCAGAGAUAAGCACCGAAAAUCAAAUCUUUUACUCGGUGCUACUCUUUUCAUGGACCGUGUAUCUAUGGGAGGCCUAUCUGGCUCACAGACAGCGCAAGACAUACAGAGACACCACAUUGGUGCCUGAAGAAUUGGGAAAGAUCAUGGAUUCUGAAACAUUUGAGAAAUCGCGUCUGUACCAGCUGGAUAAAAGUACUUUUGGAUUCUGGUCUGGGCUUUAUUCUGAGACUGAGGGGACACUUAUCCUCUUGCUUGGUGGAAUUCCUUUUCUAUGGAAUGUAUCCGGACAUGUCAUUGGACGUUUUGGUCUAGGACCUGAGUAUGAAAUAACUCAGUCCUUGGUAUUCCUAUUUCUCGCAACAUUAUUCAGUGCAGUCACAGGUCUCCCUUGGAGCAUCUACAACACCUUUAUCAUUGAAGAGAAGCAUGGUUUCAAUCAGCAGACUUUGGGAUUCUUUUUUAAGGAUGCCUUGAAGAAAUUCGCAGUGACUCAGUGUAUUUUGCUUCCCGUGACCUCUCUGCUUUUGUACAUUAUUAAAAUUGGUGGUGAUUAUUUCUUCAUUUACGCUUGGCUUUUCACAUUGAUUGUUUCUCUGGUGUUGGUGACUAUCUAUGCUGAUUAUAUCGCACCACUGUUUGACAAAUUCACUCCACUUCCUGAUGGAGAGUUGAGAGAGAGUAUUGAGGAAAUGGCCAAGAGUAUCAGCUUUCCUUUAACCAAGGUUUAUGUAGUAGAGGGAUCAAAGAGGUCAUCGCACAGCAAUGCAUAUUUUUAUGGGUUUUUUAAGAACAAGCGUAUUGUUCUGUUUGAUACGCUUCUUGAAGAUCAUUCCCCAUUAAAUAAAGGGACAACUGAUGAGAACGUUGAAAUACAGACAGCUGCAGGAGAUGGGAGUGAAACUGAGAGCAUUGAAACCAAAGUAAGACCAAAGAAUAAGAAGCAGGGCUGCAAUAACCAAGAGGUUCUAGCAGUACUUGGUCAUGAGCUUGGGCAUUGGAAAUUGGGCCAUACUGUGAAAAACAUCAUUAUUAGUCAGGUGAACUCUUUCUUCUGCUUUUUCUUGUUUGCUGUUCUCAUGGAUAGAAAGGAGCUUUUUUCUGCUUUUGGUUUCUAUGACACCCAGCCUACUCUUAUUGGAUUGAUGAUCAUCUUCCAGUUCAUUUUCUCUCCCUACAAUGAGGUGCUAUCCUUUAGCCUGACUGUACUGAGCAGGAGAUUUGAAUUCCAGGCUGACACAUUUGCAAAGGAUCUAGGAAAAGCCACAGACCUGUAUUCUGCACUGAUAAAACUGAACAAGGAUAACUUAGGUUUUCCAGUUGCUGACUGGCUGUAUUCCAUGUGGCAUUAUUCCCAUCCACCUCUCCUGGAGAGACUCCGUGCCUUAAAGGACAAGAAGAAGGACUGAGAGAAGGGAAAGGAACUUACUUUCACCCUUAAGAAAUUGGAUAGUAUUUUUUGUUUAAAUUUUUUUUAAAAGUUUUCAUUCCAUGAACAGUGCAGAUCUGUACUGUAUGUUUGUAAUAUGGGAACUGGAUUAGGAUCUGAGCGCAUUUAGCUUAUGCACUGACUGCCAGCAGUACAGAUCAAAAUAAUAUUUUAAGUUGUGUUAAAACUACACUGAGACUUGAAUUAGUUUUUAAUUUAGCACAUGCCUAGUUUAAUGUGGUAUAAGUGAAUCUAUUUAAGCCACACCAGCACAGAUAUCGAAGGUUAUAAAUCUUUCAAUCUAAGUUGCAUCAUAUCUGAGAUGUUGUUCGAAGUGCUCUUGGAAAUUGCUUCAUGUACGUCACAUUCAAAGUAAAAGUGCAAAUUUAUAAAGCUUUAUUUUGGUGCAUCCUGUAGCAAAUUUUACUCUUGCUUUAGCUACCUUCCAAACCAGCAAACUGUGAGAUAACAUCUCUAUUUAAAUGGCUUUUUAAAAAAAAAAUCCUUUUUAUUAAUGGCCUCAAGUUUUCUAAAUGAUAUAGAUUAGAGUUGAACUUGAAUGCUGUUUUGAGAUACAAUUUUUGAGAGACCAUAAAGGUCUGGGUUGGAAGAGAUUAGGAAAAGAAUAAAUGUAAAUGUAGCUGGUCGCCAAAUGAGUUUUCUCCUUUCUCUUCUGAAAUGAAGGUGAGGUGAUAGUAAAAUGUUUUAUCUUCUCCUUUUCCCUGCUUCUUUUUGAGGGAGCGGGGCAUGUUGGGUGCACAGUAGCUAUUUGGUGAGCUUCCUGUCUAUUCUAGGGCUCCGUGAUAGCUCAGUUGGUAGAACAGCCUUAACCAUACAUAUGAGGAAUUGGCUUAGUAGUGCUACAAUUGGCAUUUAACUGCCAAAUUAAGGAUUAUGCUUUGACACUUCCUUACUGAAAUGGUCUGUGUGUGCAUGUUGGAAACUCAGUCAACAAGUCUACUGACACUUGCUAUCUCGACAUAAUGAGCAACAGAAAAGUACUGGACAAUACUGAUGGAACUCUAUCCCACUAAGAGCCAAGGCUUUUAGAAAAGAAAUGGCGAGGAAUAGUGUCUGGGGAGAAAAUUCAGUCACUGUGAAAAUAAGUUAAAAUUGUAAAAACAUAUGGAGGUAAAUGGUAGUUUCAAGUUUGUUCAGUAGUUUAAUUGUCAGUUUUCACACUACAAACAUUAUUAGUGAAGAGGGUUUCUUUAAAUUGCUCAUGUCUAUGUCAACAGAUGUAGGAUGUGAGUAAAUAUGCACUAUAAUAGCUUUUCCUAUCAUGAUUAAAAGUGAUUCUUGUGUUUUGAUAAUAUGUAUGGUGCAAAAUUUGCUCAAUCUGGUGCCAGUUUUAGCAUUUUGUUUAUCUCUGCAGGGUUGUGGAUACCCCUCAUUUUAUGUCAGGUUUAAUUUUAUUAUAUUUGGAAUACUUGAAUUCUAGUGAGCUUUGACCAGUGAAGGUUAAAGUAUAUAUUUUGUUUCUUUCAUUUGCAAGUGACUGUACAUGAAGCAACUUGACUCUGACUGAAAUAAUCCUAGUCUGUACCUUAACUGGCAUGUGAUAAUGCAUUUUUAUUUGGUACCUGUGAAGUAAUUUGUAUGAUACCUUACCUUAUCUUUCUGUAUUGCCCAGAGCAUCUUGGUCCAUUUUGUUUGCAUUAAUGUAUGCUACAAGAGAGGUCAAGUGAGGGUGCUGCUAAUUGUAUUCAGUUGUUAAAUUACCAGUUCCAAGUAUAAAAUAAAUGUUCAUGGUGUGUACAGUUUGAGGGAUGGAAGAGAUUUAUACAUAUUUCACUGAAUGUGACUCUGCACACAGUUAGUUGGCACCACCUGUGUUGUCCCUGCUGAAUUGUGGACCUUUGUAGUUUACUGUCAUAGUUAUUUCAUGAACUGGGAUGCCAGAAGUUUCAUUGACUUCCCAUUUGUUGCUGUUUAAAUUUCCAAAUCAGCUGAAGUAAGAAAAACUAACUUGCAGGGUUUCAUGAGCUUUUCUUUUCCUCCCUGUUGAUCUUCCAUUCCAAGUGGUGCUCUCCAUCAGUAAUUCUAGCCCUCCACUACCUCGCCCAAGUUCCCAGUUUUUCAUGUGCGAACUUUAAUGAGCUGAGUGUUCCAAUGUGUUGGAGUGAGCGUCACUGUCAAACCCAUUCCAAUCCCAACCUUGUGGGUCAAUCAACAACAAGUGGCAACAGGAACACCCCAAGUAGCCCAGGAUUCUGGAAUCUCUUCCACUGUCCACUGGACAUCUGUGAUGCUAGGGAAAACAGCUGGUCAAACAUUCCUUGUUUGAUAUACACCUCGGGACCCCACAGUCUGACAUAUUUUAUCUAUAGAACCAGUAGAGGUAGCUAGAAGUUGUUUACAAAUAUUAUCACUUGGUUGCGUUGCAAAAUGUUUGAAGCUGAGGGCAAUGCAGAUUUUAUGUUUCAUGUGAGGAAUUUGGAGAUGAAGUUUGCCAUUGCUUUUUGCGUUGACGAUGGGCUCAGCCCUUAGCUUGUGGUCAGUCCAUUCAAAAGCCUGAAGUUGGUUUGUUAACUAUGCAGAACAGCUUAUCAGGAAUAAGUCAUUUUUGCACAGUGAAUAAGCCAUAAUGUUACUUUGACAAUGGAAAAGAAAGGACUUACUGCACAUCUGUAUCUUGCACACCAAUCAACGGUGCAGUAUUCUUAAUACUUUUUAUUUAGUCCUCUGUGUAUACAAAAUGGAAAUUAAAAAAAUUGCUUGAAACCAUUCUGAUGAAGGGCUCCAUUGCCAAAGAUUAGUUCCUGUUUCAUGUGCUGAUCUGUGCAUUUACACUAUUUUCAGUUUUUAACUUUUUUUGUGGCUUUGACAUUAAACAGAUGUUGCAAAUGAGGCAUUAAAGUUGAAUUUAAAUUAAGCAAUGGAACUUUUAAAUUUUAAAAAAUGGACAAUGAGACAAGACAGGAAGUAUUAUUUAAAUUGGGGAGUGGAUUAAAAAUAUUUCUCUGGUCAAUGAUUUCACAAGUCACUAACAGUAAGGUCGUUCACAUUUCAAAGGCAGUGUGAAUAUUGGAAUCCUGCUUGUUUUGUUUUAUCUUUAAAGUAUUCAAUAUCUGUAAGCAUGGAUUCCUUGAACCAAACUAUGAUCAAAGUCAGUAUGAUUAUUUAAUUGGCAUGUUUUGGAAUUGUUAAACCAAACCUAUCUUUAAAAAACUGUGAUAAAUUCAGUUCCACUGUGGUGUUGAUUUACAAUAAAUGGACAAAUUGAGAGGUGAAAGUC